AUGGUGUCGCGCUUGGCACGUAGUUGUAGUUGGUGUCAGUGUGAGUUGCAGCUGGUGCUGGUGCUGGUGGGGGCCCCUGACAGUGCAGCGGCGGUGUUCGCAGAGCCGCUGCCGAUGAAGCUGCGCGCGCUGCCGCAGUCGUUCUGGCAGCAGCCCAACGCGGCGGGCGGGCUGUCCCCGGGGGCCGUCUACCCCGUGCUGCCGCCGCUCUGCUGCAAGGACGACGACGGCGCAGUGUGUUCAGGGGAUUUGAAGUCUGUGGUUUGUCCUGCAGGCCUGCGGCCGGCGACGCCGCCGGAGGAGCGCGACAAGCGGCGCGUGGUGAGCGUCGCCAACACGGAGCUGCUGUUCAGCCUGUUCCGCAGCGUCGAGCAGCUGGACCAGCCCGCCGCCAGGGUCGCGCGCAGGGGCAGGCCGAAGAAGGUGGCGGCGACGUCGUGGCGGCUGCCGCGCGAGGAGGACCCGUGCCUGGUGAGCGCCGUCGCGGACCCCAUCCUGCCGCUGAUCCGCGGCCACGCCGGCGGCCAGCACCAGGUCUUGGCCACCGUGUCCCUAGGAGCUGGCGAACGGUCGGUAGUGCUGCCAUCUCUGAGCGUCGAGCACAACUACUCACAGAUACUGUCCGAGCUAGUCAUGAAGCUGUAAAGAGAGGUGAUAGUGGACUUGGUAAUGUGGUGUUAUGUGAUAUAAUGUGAUAUGAUGUGAUGUAAUGUGAUACAAUGUGAUGAACUUUGUGGGUCGAAGUGGGUCUGGUGCUCUGAAGACUAGAAUUUAUGUCGCUCUGGAUAUUCUUCGUAUGCGUGUCGACGUGCAUAACUGAAUGAUGCUUAGAUAGAAUUAUGCUACAUACAAAAAAUCUUUUAUUUUUUCUUGUUUAAAUUAGGGAGAGAUUUUCAUCACUUUUGUGCAAUGUAAGGCAUUUAUAUUUUGUACACCAGCUUCAGUUUUGACACCAAGUUUCGUGUUAUCAGAGAAGGUAGGAGUUCUUGAAAAAAAAUAAUAAUAAUAAAAAAAAGUGA